CCUUCUCGUCUGGCCCUCCUGGAGUAGGGGUGUGCGGCUCCUCGUCCCGCCCCUGCCUCUGAGUGACAGCAGCGUGGACAGCUGCCCACCCGGCCGGACCCGCAGUUGGGCCGCCCUCGCUGGGCAAUGCUGAGUAAGAAAAAUCAGCUGAGAGUAUAAUUUUUGGCAACUGGAGUUGAAUUUGCCAGGAAUGCUGCAGAGCUUCUGAGACUUUGCUUCGGGAAACAUCUCUUUUUUUGGCUGCUUUCCAGAGUUCCGACUUGGCAGCCUCAAGGACACAGCGGAAGCCUACAGACACAUAUAACAAUUUGGAUUGGUUAACCUUUUUGUCAUAAUAUUAUGAAAAGCAUAUUUGGAAAUUAAUAAACUUCAGUUUAAGCAGGUAUUUUGGAGAUCAAAGAUGGGUAGAAAGGACUCUUCCAGUACAAAGCUUCCUGUUGACCAGUACAGAAAGCAAAUAGGUAAGCAGGAUUAUAAAAAAACCAAACCUAUUUUACGAGCAACCAAGUUAAAAGCAGAAGCAAAGAAAACGGCGAUAGGCAUAAAGGAAGUUGGCCUCAUGCUUGCAGCUAUCCUGGCCCUCCUACUGGCUUUCUAUGCUUUCUUUUACCUCCGACUGUCCACGAACAUUGACUCUGAUCUGGACCCAGAUGAAGAUUAGCUGAGCAGCAAUCAAAAGAGGAAAGGAAAUAAGUCUGAUAAGAACAUCUUUGGGGACAAACAGGUUGCCAAUUUCCAAAACUAGAACAGUUGGAAAAUUUCCUUCUUGGUACUGUCAGUUUGCAGAAAUAUCUUUGUGCUUAGUGGUAUAGGGUAUAAAAAGACCUUACCCAGCAUUCUAGGAUCAUGUAUGCUACUUGAUACUUUAUAAAUCUCUCUGCUCUGGCAGAUAUCCUAUUCAUGGUACAGUUAAAUAAGAUGGUAACAUAUUUUUUUUUCAGAUUUUGUUCCAGUGUACAUGUAUAACUCCAUCAGUUACAAGUCAUUAAACCUAUUAUAUAUAUCCUAUGUAUAUUGUAAGAAAAAUAUAUAUUACCAUUUGCAGAAGCAUACUCAGAAUCAUAUUCAGAAUCCAAGAAGGGACAGAAAGACGUAGGAAAUUGCUAUUUUACAAGGAAGCAUGCGUUCUUUCCAGACAUAUUUUCUGUCAUUAGGGAGACUAUCUGCACACGCAUCCACAGUAAUCUUUCUCUUCCUUGCCAACUGUUAGUGCACAUGUGCUGCUGCGUCAGAACGGCACCUGGAUGCCAGAAGCUCAAGAGUCACAUAUGUCCCUAAAGUGGAGUUCCUCGUCUCUUGGGCUGCCUGAACUGGUGUAAAUAGAAAGUUCAGCUGAUCUUGAUUUUAAUUAACUUAUUACACCAUUAAUAUAAAGUUAGAAUUCUAUAUUAAUUACGUUGUUCUGGCUGCCUGCAGUAUCAGUUUGCCCCUCUUAUUAGGGAGCUGUGUAACAAUCUGCCAUUUAAUUGUGCAGGGUUUUUUACACUGCAGAAUUAGCAGAAGUAUAUGUACACAGAAUUUUAUUGAUUUGUCUCUUACAUUUGAGCAUUACAAAGUUUUUUUAAUUGCAUUUUGUCUCUUGUGAAUUAAUGAUGACUCUAGAGAAAAAUAAAUAAUAGAAAAAUAUAUGUCA